GAAGCUUCUUGCAGUCUCCAUCGUAGUGACACAAUUGAGAAAUGCUUCUGCCUAUCCUGAAGUCAGUCCUAGUGUCCUAUGUCGCUCAUCGUCAACACUAAUAUCAGCAAUUUCUGUCGUCGACGGGACUUCACCUUGUCGUUGACCUUCUCUGCCCCGUCCACCACAGCAUUCUCAGUCAACGUAAAGCGCCGGCUUUAUACCAUCGACGACAUUGAAACAUCCCUAAUCGGCGGUGCAUUUUCCAUGUUUCAAGACCUGCGUCGUCAAGCCAAUCAUUUAUAGUUUGUAUUGGUCACGUUUCCGGAGUCUUGUGUGUCUGGCGUGGCCAACCCAGCCUUCCCUCAUCUCGGUCACAUCCUCGGUCUUUGUGGCCUUCGGUAAUCAUGGGCCAGAAGCGGCGUCGCUUAGCGCUGUCAUGUGUGGCAUGUCGCAAGAGAAAGGUCAAGUGCGACAGAACCUAUCCGACAUGUAUUCGCUGCCAGAAAGGUGGUGUCAGUUGUGAUUAUGUUUCUUACACUUCGAAAGAAGGCCUACCAACCCCUUCAGAUGAGAGUCCGCAUCAACAACGAGAAUCCUCGGUUACAUCUUGGCAUGAGGAGGCAAACGUAUGGUAUUCUCGCUCGAAAGAACGAGACGGCAAUAUUCGUCCACAGGACGACGCUGCUAAUAACCCUUCAUCCUCUAACCAGCGAGGGCCGCCGCCAACGAAGUCAGUUUCAGAGCUUCAAGAUCGCAUCUACGACCUGGAGCUUCGUCUGGAGUCGAAUCAUUCGCACGUCACCUCGGAGAAAUUCAUCAGUCGGCCGAGUGCACCAGGCUUCCCCAGCGAUAAGAACGCUUUCCAAGAUUUCGAACGAGCUCUUCUACGAGGGACCGGUUUCAAAACGCAGUACAUGGGUCCAAGUCACGGCGCCAGUCUCCUACUCCAGUUCGAAGAAAUGUCAGGCUUUGUCAAAGAUAUCCUCCAUCGGCUGCCCGCACUGGAGAAAGCUAGAAAAGACUGGAAGCAGAGCAGACGGGCUAUCAAACCCUCAAUAGUUCUGCCGGAUCAUGAAACCUUGGUUUCGUUUAUACCUGACCAAGUCACCACAGAACAGCUUGUUCAGCUCUAUUUUGAAGUGUUCGAGACUACCUACAGAGUCCUUCAUGCACCGACAUUCUUUCGCAGCUACAAAGAGUUCUGGGUCGCCUCUCAUGAGCCCUCCACUGCGUUCGUUGUCCAGCUUCUCCUCGUGUGUGCCACAGCAAACACACUGUUACCGGACAAGCCGGCAGCCUUCGUCGGCCCAAGCUCAGUUCAGCGUGAUAUCGCCACCAAAUGGAUCGAGGUCUGCGAAACAUGGCUUGACUUGCAGAGUCAGAAGCACAUGACACUCGAAGUAUUUCAAAUCCAGGUGCUGAUUGGCAUCGCAAAGAAGAUGAACUGUGUCAAAAUCAAACGGUCUUGGACUGUUGCCGGACACUUGUUGAGACAUGCAAUGGCUCUCGGUCUCCAUCGAGAACCCACGUUUCUCAGCAAAAAGAUUUCUCCCUUUGACCAGGAAAUGCGCCGCCGAUUGUGGUUCACUAUCCUCGAGCUGGAAAUCCAGGCCAGUCUGGACCGCGGCAUGUGCGCCAGCCUUGGUCCACUCGAUUGGGAUUGUCUGGCGCCAUUGAACAUCCACGAUGAAGACUUUGAUCAAACCACCGAAAAAAUGCCACGACCUCGGCCAAUGACCGAGUUCACUCGGACCUCCUUCCUGUGUUUGGCUUUCAAGCAUCUCCCGUUGAGACUUGACAUUCUCUCCAGGAUCAAUAGUGUUCGCAACUGCAUUGAUAGCGAUAAUGCGCUCGACCUUGAUCAGAAGAUUCGAAAGCAUUUAGACGAGAUCCCGAAGUGGACGGAUCACAGUGCAAAGAUUGCAUCACUUCCGUUAUCUGAACUUUUACUUCACGAGUUCCUCCUGCAGAUACAUCAACCCCUCGUGGCCCAUGGAGAUACCCAGGCAUGCCAUUUCUUCUCUAGGAUGGGUCGCCAAGAUGCUGCCUUGUCCACGGUCAGAAUAUAUGCCGAGCUGCGAUCCAACACGGCCGUGAUGCUGACCAAUAUGCGGGAUGACAUUUUCAGAGCUCUUUUAGCGCUAUGUCAUGUAAUGAUAAUGUCCCUGGAGUCACGGGAGCUAAUGCAUGAUAGAAUCACAACGCUAAAUCUCAUCAAACAAGGAGUGGACAUCAUGGAGGAUCGCAUUCGACUGUUGGGACAAGGGUUUCACUCUUACUGGCUCUCAAGCAGUGCUCUCGGGCUUCUCCAAUCAAAAUUAUCGCCUGAAAAGCUGCCGGAGGUGCAUGCUCAGGAGACGGCCGACCGUGUAGCUGGCCUGCAUCGGUACAUGAUGGAUCGGCAAGAGAACCCAGCAGACGAGAUGACCGUUGGAGUCGAAGAUGCCGCCAUGAACACUGCCAACACACUUGUGGGCAUGAGCGGACAACUUCCCAAUCCUGCGAUGCCCGAUAUGGAGGCGUUCGUUCCCAUGGGUGGACAGUUUAAUGCCUUUUCAGACACACUGUUUGACUUUGAUAUGACCGAUAUCUGGGGCGUUGGGAACUACCAGCAAUUUUAAUGAUCCGGUCUGUGUCUAUGCUAGGCAGCGAAUAUAGAGAAAUUGGGAAGUAACUUAUAUUGAG